CUUCUGCUGCCGCUGCUGAGCUGCUGCUGUCUAACAACACGGAGAGCACGGGGAGCUGUCGGCGUCAUACAACGCCGGCUCACCGCGAGAAAAGUCGGUAACGGUAUCCGAAAGGUAAAGUCUGUCAUGAGUUAGCGUUAACGGGUAGUUUCGCCGACGGGCAAAGACCCGCAUGUUAGCUAAAUGAAGUUUGACAGGCUAGCGUCAGCUUUAGCUAUCUUCAAGUAGCUAGCUCCGGCUACAAGUGCUGCCACUAGCAGCUCGGUUGUGUCCGCGGCAGCUUGUAGGAGCCGUUAGCCCUUUGAAGUUAAAUAGCCAUCUGGCAAAAAGGCGUUAGCUAGCGUCAGGCUACUUCUUCAGCUGCCAGCCGGUAACUAGCGAGAUAACGUCAAAGGCAGCGAGCAUGUCUCCACGCUCUCUUCGCUCACUUGGUUUUAGAAAUGGCAUUUACUCUUUAAUUAGCCAUUAAAGCUAGCAAUGCGUACUAUAUUAUAUCCGAGUAACGUUAGCUUGCCACGGGAUUAUUGCACUCUGUGGUACAACUGUGCCCUGCCCAGCAGCGUCACUCAGCAUUUCGCAUAAUGAGUGAUCAUUAUGCUAAGGUCAAGAUUCAAGACGAGCAAAUGAAAUCGUUUGGCGAGGACGCGGAGAAGAAGGGUGUGGACGCUGAGGAGCAGGUGCCAGUGUGUUCCCCCCCUGCGUCUGUCUCACCGGACCCUCCCAGCAUCACCACAGCCGGCAGAGAUGCGUCAAACACCUCCGUCAGUUGUAAACAUAGAGGUAAAAGUCGGAGUAAACUGGGGAAGGAUGACAAGAACUCCUGUGGUAAAGAUGUGUCAUUAGUUUCUGGUCAUGUUGGGAAAAAUUUGAACAGACUGGGACAUGAGCGGAUACUUCAAAUCAAGGGAACUGGAAAGAUAUUGCAAGGGAAGUCAGAGACUAAUGGGAACUAUGUGACCAUCCAACCACCCAAAAAUGUUCAAGAAACACGCCGAGAGGAUGGAUUCAAACUUGCAAGGAAGAGAAGACCAGUGACGGUGGAUACCUCGAAAGCCAAAACCUCUUUGGAGGCACUGAAGAUUAGCAUCAAGCAGCUGAAAUGGAAAGAGUUCCCUCUGGGAAGACGAGCAGCCUGUGAUAUCUACUGGCACGGCGUUUCCUUCCAUGACAAUGAAAAUAUCGUCUCAGGGCAGGUGAACAAGUUCCCAGGAAUGAUUGAAAUGCUGAGGAAGAUCAACCUGAGUCGGGCAGUGCGGACUAUGCAGGAGCUGUUUCCAGAAGAGUAUGACUUUUAUCCCCGUUCCUGGAUCCUGCCUGAGGAGUGCCAGAUGUUUUCCACACAGAUUCGCAUGGUGAAGGAGAACGAUGCCACGGUGAAUCCGACCUUCAUUGUCAAGCCCGACGGGGGCUCUCAGGGGGAUGGCAUCUACCUCAUUCGUGACCCCAGUGACUUAAAGCUCAUGGUGGGUUCACAGGCCAAACAGGCUGUUGUCCAGGAGUACAUCCAGAAGCCGUUACUCAUCGACAAGCUCAAGUUUGAUAUCCGCCUCUACGUGCUGUUAAAGUCUCUGGAGCCACUGGAGAUCUAUAUUGCCAAGGAAGGCCUGACACGUUUUUGCACCGAGCCCUACCAGGAACCAAGCCAGAAGAAUCUGAGCCAUGUCUUCAUGCACUUAACAAACUACUCCCUCAACGUCCACAGCGGCAACUUUGUCCAUUCAGACAGCCAGAGCACGGGCAGCAAGCGCACUCUCUCCAGCGUGCUGUACAGGCUGGCAGCUAAAGGCGUGGACAUCAAGAAGGUGUGGUCGGACAUCAUCGCUCUUGUCAUCAAGACUUCCAUCGCCGUGGUGCCUGAACUUAGAGUCUACUAUCAGGCGGACAUACCACCUGGAAAACCAGGACCCACUUGCUUCCAGAUAUUAGGUUUCGACAUCCUACUGAUGAAGAACCUGAAGCCAGUAUUACUCGAGGUCAACUCCAACCCCAGUAUGAGAAUAGAACAUGAACAGGAGGUGGCGCCUGGAGUUUUUGAAUACGUUCCUAGUCCGGUUGAUGAAGAGGUCAAAGUUGGGGUGAUCAGGGACACUCUGCGCCUUAUGGACCCCAGCCACAAGAGACCUUCAGUUUCCCAGCUGAGGGCUGGUGGGCUUGAACACGGGGAGGAGAUCCCCAUGGAGGCGGAGACACAAGAGAGGAGCCCGGAUGAAGGAGCUCUGCCCUCGCUGUGUCUUAAGCAGGUCUACCCAAAAUACACCAAACAGUUCAACUACCUGCGGCUGGUGGAGCGAAUCGCAACACUGUUCAUCCGCUUCCUCGGGGUCAAGGGCAACAUGCGCCUGGGCCCCACUGCCUUCAGAACCUUCAUCAGGACCUGUAAGCUGAGCAACAGUAACUUCUCCAUGGCUUCAGUGGACAUCCUCUACAUCGACAUCACACGUCGCUGGUCAGGAACGAUGCCUGAUUCUAGAGAAGCAGGCAUGGGACUACAAGCAUUUGUGGAAGCUUUUUUCUACCUGGCAGGUCGCAGGUUCAAAUCCCUGUCGCUGAGGGAGCAAGUAGUGUCAUUGCUGGAGCUGUGCGAGGCUCAGCUCGAGUCCCAGUCAGGCAUGGAAGAGAGACGCUCAGUGAGCUGCAGCAGGGCGAUGCCACGAGCCAUCAAGACUCAGACGCUGGGCUUGGCCAACCCUCAGCUCAACUCUCCGGCUCCCCUACGAAGAGCAUCCAGCCAGGACCACCGUCUGCAUCAGAGACUCAAGCCUCGCACACUCAGGGCCAACGUGGAGAACUGACGACAGAGGGCUCCAACCAGGCAUCCAACUCCAAAAACACUGCCUUUAGCCUUCUCCACAGGAGCAGGGGAAUUAGGUGUCACUCUCUUUUCUGCGGCUCCCGUACGGGGAGGGGGGUGAUGGGAGCUGAGAGAAGGACUUGCUUGACCCCUGCUGGCAAACUUUCAGGAGAACUGUUCUCAGCCUGAUUGCUUUUUCCUCAGAAGAGGAGGAUGUCCGCAGGGGGGUUCGGGGAAGAAAUAGAACACGGAAUAUGAGAAGUGCAUUUCUUCCUCCCCUCCUGGUGUGGUCAUAUGAACAGUGUGGUCCCGUCAGAAGAAGACAUGGCUGCUUUUAAUAUAUGUACUGAUUCUACAGGGCAGCUAUUUGCUUCCCUUCAACUUUUUGUGACAACAGCUACACUGAAACUUUUCAGGGAUAACAUUAGAUGCUUUGGCCUCACAUUCAAUGCAGUUACACAGAAAUAAGCGAGUGUAAGGGAGUGUCCUUGGUGUGUAUUAUAUUCUUGAAUUUGCACAACUAUUAAAUUUGCACAGACAUGGAUGUGAGGGGUGACUGGGCAUAUUGUGUAUGUUUGAGUGCGAGUGUGUGUGCACUGUACCGUGUUUAUUUGUGUUUAGCUCAAUGGUGAAAGCCUAUUUGCAGCCAGUGGCUCAGCUGUGCGUCCCAAGCCCAUUAGUGAUGAGUUAAGUGAAUAAGUAUUCAAAGGGAAA